CCUACCUUAUUCUUUUUGGUCUGGUCCUCUUCUUCAAACAGUGGAAAUAUUUUUCUUUCAAGUUGCUUUUGUUGCAGAGUUAAGCAAAUGGCUGAUAAUGACUUGGAUAAAAAAGCCACAAAAUGCCCCAACUGUUCAUCUGCUCCUGAGAAAGAUACACUUUGUGUAUGUCUCUGUAAAGCAAAACUUUCUCCGAUUUUGGUGGUGGAAAUGUCACAAACAUCAAGCACUGGUGAUAGUGCAGAAUUUUUAGUUUCACCAGAGAGAAAAAAAGAAAAAAAUAACAGCAGAGAGUUUAACUCUGGGAAAGAUUUGCCCUCAAGAAUCUCAAAUGUAGAGAGAAAAUCAUCUCAACAACAGUGGGGUCGGGGCAACUUUACAGAAGGGAAAGUUCCUCACAUAAGGAUGGAAAAUGGAGCUGCUAUUGAGGAAAUCUAUACCUUUGCAAGAAUAUUGGGACAGGGGAGCUUUGGAAUGGUCAUUGAAGCUAUAGACAAGGAAACACAAACUAAGUGGGCAAUUAAAAAAGUAAACAAAGAAAAGGCUGGAAGUUCUGCUGUGAAGUUACUUGAACGUGAGGUGAACAUCCUAAAAAGUGUAAAACAUGAACACAUCAUACAUCUGGAACAAGUAUUUGAGACGCCUAAGAAAAUGUACCUUGUGAUGGAGCUUUGUGAGGAUGGAGAGCUCAAAGAAAUUCUGGAAAGGAAAGGGCAUUUCUCAGAGAAUGAAACCAGGUGGAUCAUUCAGAGUCUUGCUUCAGCUAUAGCAUAUCUUCACAAUAAUGAUAUAGUGCAUAGAGAUCUAAAACUGGAAAACAUAAUGGUUAAAAGCAGCUUUAUUGAUGCUAACAAUGAAAUGAAUUUAAACAUAAAGGUGACUGAUUUUGGCUUAGCGGUGAAGAAGCAAGGUAGAAGUGAAGUCACGCUGCAGACCACAUGUGGGACUCCUAUCUAUAUGGCCCCUGAAGUUAUCAAUGCCCAUGACUACAGCCAGCAGUGUGACAUUUGGAGCAUAGGUGUCAUAAUGUACAUUUUAUUAUGUGGAGAGCCACCCUUUCUGGCAAGCUCAGAAGAGAAGCUUUUUGAGUUAAUAAGAAAGGGAGAACUACGUUUUGAAAAUCCAGUCUGGGAUUCCAUAAGUGAUUGUGCUAAAAGUGUUUUGAAACAACUUAUGAAAGUAGAUCCUGCUCACAGAAUCACAGCUAAGGAACUACUGGAUAACCAGUGGUUAACAGGCAAUACACUUUCUUCGGUGAGACCAACCAAUGUAUUAGAAAUGAUGAAAGAAUGGAAAAAUAACCCAGAAAGUGAUGAGGAAAACAUGACAAAUGAGAAGAAUAAUUGGUCCAUUCAAGAAAAGUUGAAAGUUUACGAACCCAGGGGAAAUGUCUGUGAUGUCAAAAAUACUUCAGAUGAAAAGGAGGAAAAACAGUCCACCGCUUAUGAAGAGAAAUUUCCUGCAACCAGUAAGAAGGCAAAUGUGAACAACUUUGACGUGUGCUCUUCCAGUUCCAUGUCUAGCAAGCUCCUUCCAGUUGAACUCAAGGGAGAAACAGAGAAAACCCCUAUGACUCAAAGCCAAGGAAUAGCAACCAAAUGUACUGCUAAAUCUACUGCCCUGCUUAAAACCCCCAGAAAACUCUAAGCUUCCCUCCAAUGCUGAACAGUACAAAAACAAAGCUGCUCUUUCUAGUGCUAAAGUGAGGGUAUAUAAGGGGAAAAGGACAGUGCUGUGCCAAGCUUUUAGCCUUUUAGCUCCGCUGAGACCUGUCAUGUGUCUGCACCAGUUUCGAACUGAAGCUAGUUAUCUCCAAAGCAGCAUAAACUGCACAUGGUAUUAAAAGACAGCCACCAAUAGGCUUGACAGUGGGCUGCAGCUGAAGUCCACUUAAGAUGUAUGUGAGGGUUGUUUAGCAGGGAACAUGCCCUCGAUGGAAGCCUGUGGAAUACUUGCUCAGUUUCACUUCAAAUUCUUAUAUUUAGGCACAGUUAUUUGUAGGGGAAAACAAAAGGCCAAAUAUGGUAAUGGAGGUUCCAAAUAAUUAUGUGCACUUUGCACUAAAGACUUUCUUAGAAAAUUACCAAUAAACUUGCCAAAGGCUUUACUGCAGAAGUGCUUCAGUCAUUCACAUGUGUUCUUGCUAUUUUAGGUUGCUAUAGAUUGUUUAAGACAACUUAAUUUAAGCAUAGAAAAAUAAGAGAUUUUGUAACUGCUUGCUAUUAAUUUGCUGCUAAAUUCCCAAUGUAUUGAUUAAAUCAAUA